AUGGGGAUUCCGCAUUUAAUAACGUUCUUGCGACCUUACGCGACUCUCGGUUCAUUGAAGGACAAAGAUAUUGUGAUUGAUGGUCCAGGAUUGGCAUAUCAUAUCUAUCAUAUAUGUUUAGGUAUUAGAAAGUCUGCUGGGAAUUAUUUUGAAGCAAAUCCAUCUUACAAAGAGCUUGGGGAGACCGUGUUAGCUUGGUUGGAUGGUUUGGAAAGAAGUGGUGCUGUUGUGAAGCGGAUAUACUUCGAUGGAUUCUUACCCCCAGCUAAAUUAGAUGUUCGUUACCAGAGGCUUAAUCGAAAUACACAGUUAUUAGAAAAAUACCAUAAUGGGCAUGCAUCUGGCUUGAGAUAUCGACCUUCAUCGACAACGCGAACCAAUCCUCCGUCAUUCCCUUUCGGAUUCGUUUCCCAACGUCCUAAAUUUACAAGCCUUCCAGCGUCAUCCUUUCUCGUACCUUCUAUCAUUGAAGCAUUGCAGGCCUCCCACAAAUUUAAACAUCUUGUUACAGUUGUACCGGGAGAAGCGGAUACAUAUUGUGCAAGCUAUUUGAGUCAAUAUGGUGGAAUCGUUCUUACUGGCGAUUCUGACCUCUUAGUUCAUCAAAUUGGCAAGAAUGGCUCGGUGGGCUUCUUCCAAGAUAUUGAAUUAUCGUCGUCCAAUGCUGAUUCGCAAGUGUUACAAUCUAAAAUCUUUCAGGCUAGAUCUAUUGUUAAGCGCUUAGGUCUUCCACCUUCUUACGGUAUUCGUGCCCUUGCUUUUGAGAUUAUCAUGGAUUGCCACGGUAGCUUUACCAAAUUGUUGAAACAAGCGACUACAUUGACCGCUAUCAAGCAGUACGAAGGGUUGUACGAAGACUUUGUCAAAGAGUAUCUGCCAGUGUAUAUUGAUGUAGCCUCCUCCACAUUAGCGCUGGUAGAACCUUCUGCAGUUAAGACUGCUCUUCAAGCCCUUGAUCCUCGUGUUUGUGAGUAUGUUCUUCAGUUUCCUUAUUUCAUGAGAUGUCUCGGCCUCUCCCAGCCUGGCACAUCCGAGGAUAGUGCCAGCAUCAAUAUCUUUCUUCCAUUUCUCAUUGAUUCUCCAUCUCGAACCAAUGCCUGGGAGAUGUCUACAUCCAUACGUCAAUUGGCAUAUGGUUGCAUCAAUUUGAUACUUCCAAUCGAAGAGAGGAGAACAUCCGUUUUUGAACAUAAAAGACAAGCCAAAGGCUCCCACGGGAGAGAGUGGGAGAUCCCAGCGGCUUCAGACAUUUCAGAAGCUUGCACGGAAGUUUUAAAAUUCCUUCACGAAACCCGGAUCAAAUUCGAAGAACAAACCAUUGCCGAUAGCUGGACCGCUAUUGCAUUUUUACAAGAUGUCAAGUGGUCGGAGUCAAUGGAUAAAGCGAGCCUGGGCCAAAAGGUUUUGGCUGGACCCCAAAUCUCAGAUCCUGAUGACACUUCUCGUAAGGCGAGCGAGUGGGAUUGGGAGAAGAUACAUGUCAUGGCUCAAAUUCAAGGAUCCUUUUACUCCUUCAGGAUUCUGAAGCAGAUGAUAACCUUUCUGGAUUUGAUUGGUGGUCGUGAUUCACUUCCAGGACCAGUGUUGCAAGUAAACGAUCUACUUCAAGACCUCCCAAGCCUCGAUGCCCUCAAUGGUUUCGAGCAAUUGGACUCCAUGUUGAUGACGAUGAAGGAAUCGAUCCUUGAAGAUUCAAGUCAAGAGAAAGAAUCAUUAAAUACCGCAGCUGCAGAGAUGUCAAAGCAAAAGCAGAAAAGGAAAAGAGAUCAAUCGAAUCCGUCCGCUACAGCAAAUAAGAAACCAACGAACCCUUUUGAUGUAUUGGGUUCUGAUUGGUGA